AGGAGCAGCGCGGGUCGACGACGGCAGCCGGCGCGGGGCGACGUUUCCCGCCACCCCGACGCGGCUCGCGGUCAAAUUUCCCGCCAUCUCUACAGUACGAGCGGAGGGCGGGGCCGGCCCGCGUCACGUGUCUGCUGAGCGCCAAGCACAAGCCGUGACAUCAUCAACGCCGGCCGGCGCGUCAACAUCAGAGCGACCGGCGAUGCCAUGUGCACGGCCCGCCCACACUGUAUCAUCGGCGGGGAGCGACGGAGAGCGUUCUGCGGCCACGGACGCCGCCUUACAACAGCGUCUGCCGCCUCUUAAAGAAUUUGUCGGCGCUGACGGAGACUGGGGCGGCUUCAAGAGGCGGUUCAUCGCUCAUCAAGAGAUGGCGAACUGGUCGGACGCCGAGGCUCUACGCGCGCUGCCAGCGAUGCUGGACAACGACGCCCUGGCUACCCUCACCUCGGCGCCGAGGGAAAAGCGCGCCACUCUACACCUGGCGUUGCAGCUGCUGUCAGCCGUCUAUGGGCCGCCUUCGGACUGCAGGCAGCUGUUCCACGAUCGGAGUCGGGGCGCCAACGAGUCACCCCUGGCCUUCCGGACGGCUCUCCUGGCUCUGGCAAAGGCUGCUUUCCCAAGGAUGGACGAGGAAGGAGUGGAUGCCAUGGUGGCUGAGAAGCUGCUGCUACUCGCUGACGAGCUGGACGUCAACGUCCUGGCUCAGGACGACGCGGAGAUGUCGUCCCUGCUGGUCGCGCGCCACAUCCACGGGGGCUUGCGGUCCCUGCGUCGGAAGGCGGCAAAGGGGGCGGCCGGCCAUGCCAUGGCGACCACCGCCCUCCCAUCGGAGGAGGUCUGCGGGGUGGAGCGGCGAGGGGAAUGGAGAUCGGCGGCACCGCAGGCUCGGAAUGGACCGAGCCGCCAGGAGCAGCCCAGGUCAUCUGGGGCGCUCACACGCUGCUACAACUGUGGCCUGCAAGGCCACGUUGCGUCUGGAUGCCGGGCUCCCCGUCAGCGCGGGGCGACACCUCGUCAGGACGCCACGCCGUCUCCUCCCAAGCUCCAGCAGAGAAAUACGGUGAAACAGGAGUGACGGGUCCACACCCACCAACCCCUCCCGGAGGGGUCGGGGGUCACUCGGCAGCGACGCCUGACUCUCUUGCACCCGGACCGUCAACAACCGUCACUGAGCGUGCCAGGACGGGCCCUUGUGACGGGCCCGCCGCGCGGACGCGCGCCAAAACGCGCAGACUAUUGUGAGGUCGGCCGUUGGGGGGCCUUGCGGACAAUGGGAGGGGUGGCGUCCGGAGUGUGUGUAUAUAUGUUGGUUUUGGGGUAUUUAUUCGGGGGGGGUGCGUCGGGUUAUUUUUUUUCCUCUCUCUCUCUCUCUCUUCCUGUUGUUGUUCUUGUUAAGGUUCUCUUGUUCUUGUUAAAAAUUACGCGAGGCACACACACGGGGUUUUUGUGAGGGAUGCACCUUUAUUCUGAUUUUUUUUUUGCAGCCAGGGACGGCUGCGAGCUGUACAGGGGGGGGUGAUGUAGAGGUGUAAUUGCGCAUGGCUACGAAUGUUGAGGUGUGAUUAUGCAUGGCCACGGAUGGCCAACAAACACAAGGGGCGGGGUUACGGCCGUACACAAGGGUGGCGCUAGCACCGACGUCCGCAUGUGUAUCCCCCACGGGCCCCCCCUCGGGGGCGAGUCCUAUAAAAGGUGAUGAGCUCGAGGGCUCGAGGUCGGGACUCAGCUUUAACCAGAGAAGACGGAAGACCAGCUAGUGUAGGCCCCAGAGCUCCCCUGGCUCGCUGUCCUUAUAAGGGCCGACCAGGGCAAGCCGGUGGCGUGGCCCCGAGAGCCCAGACGAAGCUGGUCUGGUGACUCAGGGAGCCGGGAUCCCAGCUUAACCAAGCUGGGACAGAUAGCCUCCCCUAGUCCCGUAGUGGAGGAAUUGGUAUAGGUUAGAGGGGUUAGCUGUCGAGAAUCCCUGUAGCCAAGUGACCUGUACAACUGUGUUGGUGUAAUAAAUAAGUGUGCCUCCGAUCCUGUCGUCAAGCCUCCAUAUAUACUUACUACAUAUGCAAG